AAUAUUGGGAGAGACAAGAAAAAGAAAUGUUCAAGGGCAAUAAUGUGAUUUCAGAAACUGGGAGGUACCGUUUGGUAAUUUAGCUUUAAGUUCAACAGCAGUUAGUGAGUCAUCUCUCACUAACGUUCAACGUCCCUUGCCUGCAAAGUAGAGUUUCUAGAGAGAGAAAUUAGAGAGAGAGAGAGAGAGAGAGGAGAGGAGAGCGAAGGCAUUAAGGAAGGAACAAAACAAAUGACAAGUUAAAAGAAAGCACUCAGUUCUGUUCUGAUUCUCUCUCACUUUCAAAACGGUGCUGUUUCGUCUUCUUCUUCUUCUUCUUCCACAUUCUUUCAUGGGUUUUGCUUCAAAAAGCUGAUUGUUUUGGAAGCAGAAGAGAAUUGGGGGAGAAGAAGAAGAUGUCUUGGAGAAGCAGAGGAGACCCAUCUGCUUCUAGAAGUUUUAUUUCUCAGAAAUGGACCCUUUUUCUUUGUUUAAGCUGCUUCUGUGCUGGAAUGUUCUUCACCAAUAGAAUGUGGACUAUUCCAGAAAGUAAAGGUAUCACAAGGAGAACAGCUAUGGAAGAAGAAACAUUAAAUUUAGUUUCCGAGGGUUGCAAUCCGAAAUCGUUGAAUCAGAAGGAGGUAAAGCGCGAAAAUAAGGACAUCUUUGGGGAGGUUUAUAAGACUCAUAAUGCUAUACAGACGUUAGAUAAGACUAUUUCAAAUUUAGAGAUGGAAUUAGCUGCAGCAAGGGCAACACAGGAGUCAAUACGUAGUGGCUCUCCAUUAUCAGGAGACUCGAAGACUGAUUCAACUGGGAAGAGAAGGUAUCUGAUGGUUGUUGGAAUUAACACUGCUUUUAGCAGCCGGAAAAGAAGAGAUUCAGUUCGUGCUACGUGGAUGCCACAAGGCGAGAAACGAAAGAGGCUGGAGGAAGAGAAGGGUAUUAUCAUUCGCUUUUUAAUCAUUCGCUUUGUCAUUGGUCAUAGUGCCACGUCAGGAGGUAUUCUAGACAGAGCUGUUGAAGCAGAGGGCAGAAAGCAUGGUGAUAUCCUGAGGCUGGACCAUGUUGAAGGGUACCUCGAAUUGUCGGCCAAGACAAAGAUAUAUUUUGCUACUGCUGUUGCUACGUGGGAUGCAGAUUUUUAUGUCAAAGUUGAUGAUGAUGUCCACGUAAAUAUUGCGACACUAGGAGAAACACUAGUCAGACACCGAAAGAAACAGCACCUCUACAUUGGAUGCAUGAAAUCUGGUCCUGUUCUAGCACAAAAGGGAGUGAGAUACCAUGAACCCGAGUAUUGGAAAUUUGGUGAACCAGGAAACAAGUACUUCCGUCAUGCUACAGGACAGCUGUAUGCUAUAUCAAAAGAUUUGGCUACGUAUAUAUCAAUAAACCAGCAUGUCCUACACAAGUACGCUAAUGAGGAUGUCUCACUGGGAGCUUGGUUUAUUGGACUCGAUGUGGAGCAUAUUGAUGACCGGAGACUAUGUUGCGGCACCCCACCCGAUUGUGAGUGGAAGGCUCAGGCAGGCAACAUCUGUGUUGCUUCAUUUGAUUGGACCUGUAGUGGGAUUUGUAAGUCAGCCGAGAGAAUCAAGGAAGUCCACCGCCGGUGUGGGGAAGGCGAAAACGCCUUGUGGAGUGCUACUUUCAAAUAGGUAGCUCGAACCUCUUCCAACCUCGGGAAGACUUUUCGAGCUGCAGUAUAAAGGCAGGUGUGCUAGUCUUUUAUUCUUUGUUCAUUUUCCUUCUUCUGUACUGAAAUAUAGAGAAUUACAACAUCAAAAAAUAUUUAGAGAGAGAGAGAGAGAGAGAGAGAGAGAGAGAGAGGUUGCUGUGUGGAUCAACUCCAUUUUAAUAGAGGAUAUCGGCCACAAUGAAGCAGCUGCUAAAUUGAAAAUAGAGGGGGCUCCAACCCAUACGAUUCUUUGAGAGGCUUGAAGAGCCAACCUGUAAGUUACAGUUCUUCUACGGUAACAAAUGCAACAAUAAAUAUGCAUAUCUUUCUGGGA